GGUGGCUUCCGGGCUCAACGGGCUCGGGGUCGAAUGACGUCAGAGGAAGCUUUGCCCGGUAAACUGUCGCUCAAGGCCGAGAGUCGAGGAGGGCAUGAGCGGCACCGGGACCGACCGAACCUCCGAUGUUGUACACUUAUUUAAGCGUGGCCCUUUGUCUUGCUGCGCUCCCUCUCCCAACUUUGGGAGUCUCCUUUACUUCUUUUCGACAAAGGUUUAGCCUAGCUAGCUAGGGAAGAAAAAAAGAAAAGGUCAAAGGUAGCUGCGAGCCAGACUCUGGCUGAAAGCCUCCACAUGGCGUUAAUCCUGUUGACGAGGUCCAGGGCACCUUUAAUGACAACUUCCAGAUCGUUAAACAACGAUCUGCGCAAAGCCAAAGGGAAACUCAAAGAUGCUUCCUGCCUCAACUGCGCUGCGCUAAGACUCUACAGUCAGAGGCCGGACGGGUUCCGACCAGUUGGCACGGCCCAGCUCUCUCAGUCGGGCCCCUCGCUCUUCUCAUCCGACGGCGCCCUCCGGAGCUCGGACACGCGGCGUCUGUUCCUCCCCCCGGCGUCCCCUUGGCCGUACCCGGCCAUUUCCGCCGGGACGGGACCGCGCCGGCGGAUACAUGGCUCCGCGGCGAGGCGGGACGACUCCAAGGUGGAGAAGUCCCUGCGCUCGCUGAAGGACAAGAAGAAGCUGGAGGAAGGGGGGCCGGUGUACAGCCCCACGUUGGACGCCGAGCCCGUCAGGCGCACGCUUCGCCAGAGGGUCGUGGACGAAAUCAAGCAUUACUACCACGGCUUCAGGCUGCUGUUUGUGGACACCGGGAUCGCCGGACGCAUGCUGUGGAGAGUCCUCAACGGACACGGCCUGUCCCGGCGGGAGAGGAGACAGUUCCUCCGCACCUGUGCGGACGUCUUCCGCCUGCUCCCCUUCCUGGUGUUCAUCAUCGUCCCCUUCAUGGAGUUCCUGCUGCCCGUGGCGCUCAAGCUCUUCCCCAACAUGCUGCCGUCCACCUUCGAGACGCAGUCCAAGAAGGAGGAGAGGUUGAAAAAGGAGCUCCGCGUCAAGCUGGAGAUGGCCAAAUUCUUGCAGGACACCAUUGAGGAGAUCGCUUUGCGCAACAAGGCGGCGCAAGGUGACGUCGCCGAGGAGUUCUCCACGUUUUUCCAGAAGAUCCGAAACUCCGGCGAGCGUCCCAGCAACGAGCAGAUCUUGCGCUUCUCCAAACUGUUCGAGGACGAGCUGACGCUGGACAACCUGACCCGCCCCCAGCUGGUGGCGCUGUGCCGCCUGCUGGAGCUGCAGUCCAUCGGCACCAACAACUUCCUGCGCUUCCAGCUCAUCAUGAAGCUGAGGAACAUCCGUGCGGACGACAAGCUGAUCGCCGAGGAGGGCGUGGAGAGCCUCAACGUCAACGAGGUGCAGGCCGCCUGUCGGGUCCGAGGCAUGAGAUCGCUGGGCGUCACCGAGGAGCGACUCCGGGAGCAACUCAGCCAGUGGCUGGAGCUCCACCUGAAGCAGCAGAUCCCCACCUCCCUGCUGCUGCUGUCGCGAGCCAUGUACCUCCCCGACACGCUGUCCCCCGCCGACCAGCUGAAGACCACCCUGCAGACGCUCCCCGACGUGGUGACGAAAGAGGCCCAGGUGAUGGUGGCCGAGAUGGAGCUGUCCAAGGUGGACAACAAGACCAAAGUGGAGACGACGCUCCAGGAGGAGGCGGCCAUACGCCGGGACAACAAAGACCGGGAGAUGGAGAGGCUGGCCGACGCCGCGGAGAAGGCUGCCAAGGACAGCGAGGAGCUGGAGGCCGACCGGAGCAGGCAGACGACGUCUGAGGCCGACGAGCUCAGGGACGCGGCGCCUGUGCUCGAAGCAGUUAAAGGUGAGGAGAUCACCAAAGAGGAGAUCGACAUGAUCAGCGACGCCUGCUCCAAACUGAAGGAGCAGAAGAAGCUGCUGACUCUGGAGAAAGAGGAGCUGGAGGAACUCAAGGACGACGUGCUGGAGUACAAUGAGGAUCUGGAGGAGAUCAGGAAGGAGCUCUCCAAGUCGGGUCAGGAGAAGGCGGUGUGCGAGUCCAAGGCCAGCCGCCGUCUGUCCAAGAGGGUCAACCGCAUGAUCGGACGCAUCGACAAGAUCAUCGGCGAGCUGGAGAAGGACAAGGUCAUCCUGGACGGACAAAUGGGCAGCGGAACCGCGCCGCCCGUCGGUCUCUUCUACACCUUCAGGGAGAACCUGAUCAGCAUCGACGAGCUCAUCGGCGUCAUGCGGCAGAUCCAGAACAUUCCCGAGCACAAGUUGCAGAGGAUCGCCGAGGCGCUGGACGACAACAAGGACGGCAAAAUCGACAUCGACGACGUCAUCAAGGUGAUGGAGCUCAUCGACAAGGAGGACAUCGACAUCUCCACCGCGCAGGUGUCCGACAUCAUGGUCAUGUUGCAGAAGGAGGAGAAGCUGAUGGAGAAGGAGAAGGCCAAAGAGAAGGCGGAGAAGGAGCAGGCGGCCAAGCUCAACGGCUAGAAAAGGAAGAAGAAGAAGACGGCGGCGGCGGCGGCUCUUUGGCGAGUCGAGCGCCGGUGGCGGAAGGUACACCAACAGAGACAAAAGUGCGUCCGGAACUUGUGAACGAGCUCCGACCGCCUUCAGAAGGCGCCGCGUCAAACAAAACACUUUGGUGCUCUUUUGUUAUUUAUUGGACCCGGGUGGGGGCGGGGGGUCGGAAUCAGCAGGAUGACGGCAAAGAACACGUGAAAAAUUUGUAAAAAGAAAUCAUCCAUGUUGCGGGAUUCACACCUACGGGCAAUUUAGAGUCUUCAAAUAGCCGACCACGCACGUUUUGGGGACGCGGGAGGAAACCGGAGAGAAGCAACGAAGAGAACAUGGCAACUCCACGCAGGCGGGGCCGCGAUUUCAAGCCCAGUCCUCUGAACUGUGAGGCAGAUGCUCUGACCAGUCAUCCACUGUGUUGCCCAAAAGAAAUAAUAACAAUAAUAUUAGGAGACGUGAGACGAGCGAUGCUUUCUGCACUUGAGUAUGAAAACCUCCCGACUGUCAUUUUGUUGGUUGUUCACAUUUGUUGUGUCACUUCAAGCAAAGAAAGUUCACGUCAAGCCAUAUUUCAUUUUUCCGCCACUGCUUCAUCGGCAGCGUUAUUCAGCGCGUUGACUGGCAGCUGUCAAUCGCUCCGCCGGCAAAGGCUCGCACGUCGACCUGGGCGAUGGUCCGAGUGGCCUCGAAGGGGACGUUGUCACGGUUACGCGGCCGGCGACUUCCUUGUAACGCCGACAUCUGAAGUUCCCGAUGAACUUGAAUCCGAGACAAACAACUUGAACAUGCGAAUCAAAAGUGAGGCCGUGUCGACAAACUCGAGUGGCUUUGCUGCAAGUCGUACCGGUGAGCGCUCCCGUCGUCGAGGACUAUUUCCUGGGAUGCGUUCCAAAAACUUUUUCAUUUUUAUUUCUUAGUGAGUCGCUCGCUUUUGUGAUCAUUUUGUUGUUUGCUUUGGACUGCGGCUGCGGUGGCGGCGAGCGAUCAAAAAAGGCAGCUGGGAAGCGGCCACGAGUUGAAAAUGUCGAAAAAGCGGCCGGCCGGCUCCGAUCGGCAGCGUCGUCGAUGCCGUGGCGGGGGGGGGGGGGGGGGUGUCAAAGAAUGGAAUCGAACCUUUGACAGCUUGUUGAUUGUCGCCACAGUCAUUGUAACGCCACUAAAAUGACUCGCAAAUCAUAUUUACACCAAAAAAAAAAAAAAGCUAAAUUACUCGCUGUUGACUCACAGCUCACGGCAGGUCGAUUAUUUUGAAAUGAUUUUUAUUUAUUUAUUUCAUCUUCAUGCGAUUUGUUUUUUUUUUUUAAGGACGCUCUACUUGAAAUGUAAGAAAGAAAGAAAAAAAAAAUAAGCUUCAUCCCCCUCAUUGUAAAAGACAUAAAAAGCACAAUGUAUUAAAAUGAC